UUUUCAAUGAAAAAAAAAAGGGCCUUGGCUCAAAAAAGGUUGCAAAACCCUUGGUAUAAUGUGCAUGACCCCCCACCCACCAGUCAGUCAGUAGUUGGCUGGUUGCCACAGCAGCAUCUCAUCAGCAGGGAAGGCGUGUCUCCUGCCCGGACUGCUCUGCGCCCCUUUGUCCUGGUGGUGCUGCUGGUGGUGCUCAGCCAGCGACGACUCAUGGCGGCUGCGCCCGUCAGGCAGCGCCCUGGGCCGGGGGGAUCGCGCGCUCAGCUCCCGCCCUGCUACUACGAAGGCUACCUGGAGAAGCGGGGACCCAAGGAGCAGGCACCCACGCGUCUGUGGACCUGUCUCUGUGGGAAUGCCUUGUACUUCUUCAAUAAUGCCAAGGACGCGCACUAUGCGGAGAAGCUGGACCUGAAUGGGUUUGUUUCCCUGAAGGAUGACUGCAGCCGGGACAAGAACCUGGAAGCAGCCAGACUCAUUCUGCGCAUGAAGGAUGGAGACACCAAAAUAACAGCCCCCAACUUGGAAUCGAGGGAGCUGUGGAAGGGUUUCCUCUACUCGGUCACAGACCUCAACGUUCCCUCCAGCCUCACCUUGCUGCCUGGCCAGCUGCAGAUGCUGAAGGAGGUGGUGGACAAGGAACGCUCCAGGAGGAGAAGUCGUACUCCAACGCGAGCGCCACCUUCGCCUCUCUCUGUCCCUCUAUUGGGAGAGAUACCCCCGUGUUUUCGCCCCGUGUCCCGAACAGAGGCCGAAGUCCUCCUAGAGCGACACCCGGACUGUGGCAACAUGCUGCUGCGACCUGGAAGGGAUGGAUGCUCACUGGCCGUCACUACUCGACAGGACCUAAACGGGUCCGUGUUCAGACAUUACCGAGUAACACAGAGGGACCAAGGGGGCUACGUGAUUGAUGUCGAAAAUCCGAUCCCCUGCGCAACGCUUCACGAUGUCAUUGACGCCUUGGUGGAGAAGACCGCCGGAACUCUGCAGCCUUUCCUCCUGGAGGAGCCUUACGAGGAGAACAUCACCUACGUCUCUGCCAACGACGAGAACGGGGAGAGGACCCUCCACACCGCGCCCGCCAGCCCCCUGCCCAGAGCGCCGGCGCUGCCCCCCAAGCAAGAUCGCUGGCCCGGCGGCCCCCCGCCCCGGUCCCCCGCCCCGGACCGCCGGAUCCUGACCUCGCCCGUGCCUGCCUCGCCCACCAACCCCAUGAGACGCCUCAUCCUGUCCCCUUCCCCUCUCGCACAAAGCCUCAACGAGGAGCUGAAAAUGAAGCUGGAGAAGAGACGAGCCAGCCAGGAGUGACAUGGGGACCACUCACCUUCUCACCGCAGCUAGGCUGCCAAGUCAAAAAGUUUGGACAUCCCUGCUCCAGUGGAGUGGACUCCUGUGAAGAAACCUGUACUACAGUAGUAAACAUGUACUACAGUAGUAAUCUUGUACUACAGUAGAAUCAGAUUCUGAUUCUGAUUCUAAUACAGUAAUAAACAUGUACUACAGUAGUAAUCUUGUACUACAGUAGAAUCAGAUUCUGAUUCUAAUACAGUAGUAACCAUGUACUACAGUAGUAACCCUGUACUACAGUAGUAAACAUGUACUAAACAUGUGGGUGUGCCUUUCAGUUUUAUUGCAGUAUUAAUUAUUUUGUACCACACCCUGUGUUCUAACUUGGAAAACACCUUCUUCUUUUUUUCUUUCUUUUUUUUCCAUCAGUGUUUCCUUGACAAGUUAAUGACAUAAAAAGAAAUUGGGAGUCCAAUCUGCACUCUGACUGACUGAAAGACUGAAUGUUUUCUUACAUAAAAGUUUGUACAUGUUUGUGUGGAAUAUCAAGGGCAUUAAAUUGUUUUGCAUGGU